AUGACUGACAGAGCGGUAGAUAAUAUCCUUCCUCUAUUCAGUCUUGAAAGGUUUUACAUCUGGCAGACACUGAUCUCUCUCACACAGGUCGCCGCCGCCACUUUGGCCCGCUCGCUCAUUCGUGCGAGCCUUGGUCGAAGCCUCAAGCGUUCCCGACACAACCAGCCCUCCUGUCGCUACGCCUCAACCACUGUUUCCGCCUUUGGUACGAACUCCGAAGGGCCAGUGCUGCCUAACAUCGUUCCUGGGAAGAAGGUGACAUCGCCGCAAACGCUGACGGAGAAGAUCCUUCAACGCCAUUCCGUCGAUCUUCCCCAGGGAAAGGUUGUCCGAAGCGGUGACUACGUGCAGAUUCAACCCCACAGAUGCAUGACGCACGAUAAUACCUGGCCUGUGGCCAUGAGAUUCAUGUCCACAGGUGCCACUAAGAUCAAGGAUCCUGAUCAGCUUGUCUUUGCACUUGAUCAUGAUGUACAGAACAAGAGCGCCAGCAACUUGAAGAAGUACGAGCAGAUACAGGAGUUUGCGAAGAAGCAUGGUGUUGAAGAGCUUUUCGUUUGGCCGGGAACCCUAUGCGUUGGGUCUGACAGCCACAGUAACAUGUACGGAGCUCUGGGAAGCUUGGGAGUGGCCUUGGUCCGGACUGACGCGGCCGGCAUAUUUGCUACGGGGAAGAGUUGGUUCCAGUGUCCCCCAGUCGUGCAGGUAAAUCUUCUAGGCACACUACCGCCAGGCGUACGUGGGAAGGAUGUGAUUAUUGCGCUUUGUGGGCUCUUCCCACUAGAUGUGUUGAACCACAGCGUGGAAUUUGUGGGAUCCGAGGAAACCAUGGCGAGUAUCCCCAUGGACGACAGACUGACUAUCAGUAAUAUGUCGACUGAAUGGUCUGCAACAUCUGCAAUGUUUCCGAUAGAUACGACACUAGAACGUUGGCUCCGCUAUAAGGCGACAGAGGCAGCAAUGCUAGAGGAUCGAAGCACUCGACAACGGAUCACGCACGAAAUGGUGGACGAACUCUUUGCCAACCCUCUCCGAGCCGAUCCCGGAGCGCACUAUGCAAAGAAACUCUACCUUAACCUCUCUACUCUGUCGCCUUAUAUCUCGGGACCUAACUCGGUGAAAAUCUCAACGCCACUGCAUGACCUUGCUACACAAAACAUCAAGAUAGACAAGGGAUACAUUGUAAGCUGCACCAACUCGCGAAGCUCGGAUCUGAAGGCUGCCGCCGAGGUAUUUCAAGCUGCCGCCGAGUCAAAUGGUGGUAGGAUCCCCAAGAUUGCAGAUGGUGUCAAGCUGUACAUCGCAGCAGCUUCGGCCAGAGAGCAGGCUAUUGCUGAGGAUGAAGGUAGCUGGCAGACCUUGGUCGAGGCUGGAGCUACUGUGCUCCCACCUUCAUGUGGCCCAUGUAUCGGACUGGGGACGGGUUUGCUAGAGGAUGGCGAGACGGGAGUCUCUGCAUCAAAUCGCAACUUCAAGGGCCGACUCGGAUCAAGACUUGCUCAUGCGUACCUUAGUAGCCCCGAGGUUGUGGCUGCGAGCGCCCUGCACGGCGUUCUUUCAGGUCCCGGCGUUUACAAGGUGCCGGAGAACUAUACUGGGGUCGAGUACGGGUACGGCACCGGAAACCCUGACACUAUCGAAGCCAAGCUCGGCAGUGCCCUCGAACAGCUCGAGUCUCUCAUCGACAGGAUUGAGACGACUGCUCCCGUCGACGAUGAUGCUGCCCAAGCAGUCACGAACAUCCUCCCAGGCUUCCCCACCAAGAUAAGCGGUGAAAUUGUCUUCGCUGAUGCAGACAAUCUGGACACCGACAAUAUCUAUGCUGGCAAAUAUACCUAUCAAGACCAUAUGACGACCGCAGAGAUGGCAAAUGUGUGCAUGGAGAAUUACGACCCGGAAUUCAGGUCCAUCGCCAAGCCUAACGACAUCCUCGUGUCAGGGUUCAAUUUCGGGUGUGGCUCAUCCAGAGAGCAAGCCGCAACAGCUCUUUUGGCCAGGGACAUCCAACUGGUCGUGGCGGGCAGCUUCUCGAACAUUUUCGUGCGGAACGGCAUCAACAAUGCACUGCCUUGUCUAGAACUGCCACGUUUAGUGGAGCGUCUUCGUACCAUCUUCUCGGAAAAGAUACCUACCCGCCGUACAGGCUGGACCCUGACCUGGGAUAUUGCCCGGAGCACUAUUGAGGUACAGGAGGGAGAGGACGGAGAACGUUGGGAGGAGAAGGUUGGAGAGUUUCCCGAGAAUCUGCAGGAGAUUAUCGCGAAGGGCGGACUGGUAGGAUGGGUCAAGCAUGAGCUUGCGAAGGCUGCCUAA